GUUUCCCAUAUGUCUCUCUCCCCCACCCCCUCUCAGGAUGAGAUGGGUGGGAGGAGGGGGGGUGGCAAGUGUCACCUCUCCUUCCCCAUCCCUCCCUCCUCCUCUUCACGAGCCUGAGGAUGAGUAAUCCAUCAAGGGAGGGAGGGCGAGAGAGGUGUCGUAAGAGAAGGAAAGUGAGGGUGAUGGUGGCAGGGAGGAUAGCAGCAUCAGCAUCAUCCUCAUCAUCAUCAUCAUCAUCAGUGAACGUGCAGAACGAGAGGAUGAAAAUUCAAAACCUUCCAGCUCCUGUUUUACUGCUGAGCUCAGUCACACUGGGAGAUGGCUAAUUCCUGGACCCUCACUGGCUGACAUCGUAAGAACAGUUCAUAUUUCUGUGGAGGACGAAAUGCUUCGGGAUUAUAUUUCCACAAUUACUGCAACUGGCUAAUCGCUGGAGUGCGGCGCGUUAAAGAGAAAAACUACAGAAGAGGGAUAAAGGAUCAUAUUUCCGAACUCUUCAGUGGUAUAUGAGGUGUAACUGACUAAUCCCUGUAGGAGCUGGACAAGAGGGAGGCGUCAUGGCUUGUUUCACUGGAUGGUACCAGGUUAAUUCUUGGAUAGGAGAUGACUGACUCAUCCAUUGGAUUGUGGGGACAGUCCUCUUCCUGAACAACUCUUUACAUGUCCAUUUUAAGUACAAAUACAUUUGUGCCACACCUCCACACGUGGUGUUGCAGAGGCUGGGAUCUGGCUAAUACCUGGAAUCCUUGACCUGUAACAGCACCUCACUGCCUCACAUACGGUACUCCAGUACCUGGACAUUUUCUGUAUCAAAGGUCUCUGUACAACCUCCUCCUGGGACCAGGCUAAUCUCUGGAUCAGCGUGUCUGGCAUGUUCUGCUUUUGCCUGCAGAGUUCCCUGCUGAAGCUCCAGGCGCUGGAGGUGGAGGGGGGCCCCUCACUGGGUCCGUCCCCAGAGGAGAGCCCCCCUGCCCUGGGCAGCAAGGGGCAGAAGAGCCCCUGUGGCCUCGCCGAGCUUGGAGGGAAGGAGGGAAAGACGCUGGCUCUGUGCCACAGCGCUGACGAGAACAGCCCACCAGAGCUGCUGACGGUCCUGACCAGACCCCCCCAGUCCCCCAGACACCAGCCGUUAACCACCAUCCGCCCUGGCCAGCAGCCCCUGACCCCUGAUGGUGUUCUGUCCCCCAGCCCUCAUCACUCCCCCUACUCCCCGCAAAGGAGUAGCCCUGGAGGUGAGGGGGGAGGAGGAGGAGGUGGGGGAGGAGAAGGAGGAGGUGGAGCUCUCCUCCAGCUGCUGGCGGGCGGUCCCAGCCCCCUCCCCUCCCCCCGAUGCUCCAGCCUCAGCCACAGCCUGAGGUUCAACUCCGACCCCGACACUGCGCCUUCACCGCCCUGCAGCCAGCAGUACAUACUGUCUCGAGGUCGAGGGGACAGGACCGAGGGAUCGGAGGACAUGUGUCCCCCCUCCAUCCCCUUCCUCACCAGACAGAUUCAGACCCUGAAGAAGAAGGUCCGCAGGUUUGAGGAUCAGUUCGAGCAGGAGAUGAACUACAAGCCGUCGCACAACGAUAAAUACUCCAACCCAGAGAUGGUCCGAGUGAUGAGUGAACUGGCGAAGGCUCGCAAACAGCUCAAAGAGCUGAGACUCAGACAGUCGGUGUUUGAGUCGAAGGAGCAGGACGGUGCAGCAAACACAGACGUCUGCAGGUACGGCUCCAGGCAGCAGGGGGCGUCGGAGCACAGACCAACGCUGGAGGAAACAGUGGACUCUCUGUUCAGACGACUGAGGGAGAAGAGACAAGCUCUGGGUCUCCCCGACAACAUGAAGGAGAUGACUCAGGCUCAGAUGGUGUUGGAGAAGAUCACUCUGCAGAAAUGUCUGUUGUACUUAGAGAGUCUUCACGGCCGCCCGGGAACCAAACAGGAGAGGAACCUGGUGAAGCCUCUGUACGACAGAUACAAGAUGAUCAAGCAUUUACUGUGUGUCAGCCCCAUCACCACGAUAGAGGAAGAGGACGGAUCUGAUGAAGACUCAGGGAGCUCGAGGACAGUGGAUGAACUUCCUGUCCCACCUCCUCCUCAGAGAGCGACCCGACCAGCAGCCGGUGAGGAGGACAGCGACCGGGACAGCGACCCGGCCUUCGUGUCCCCGUUGGACGAAGUGAAGGCUGUCCAUCAACAAGCUGCUGUCACCACGGCCAACCUGCACGAAGCCUCCAGGUCUCAGCUGCUGCAGAGUCUGCGGGAGACGAGAGCAGAGAAGAAAAACAGGCGUAAAGCUCUCAGAGAGUUUGAGGACCAGUUUUACCGUCAGACUGGAAGAAUCUGCCAGAAAGAGGAUCGCACUCCCAUGAAAGAAGAAUACCAGGAAUACAAACAACUGAAAGCUAAACUGCGGCUGCUGGAAGUCCUCCUCAGCAAACAGGACGUCACUAAAACCAUGUGAGAGGAGACACUUCCCAACUGUAACUACUGGUACAUCUGGUUCUACUUCAGCGUCUGGAGUUACGGAACAUGUUUCUGACAGUGACUGACUUCUUACCGCUUCCUCUCCAAACUAAACAUUUGUAAAAAGAGUUUUACAAAGUGUAAAAAGAGACAAGAUGUUACAGAGUAAACCAGCAUCCUACAGUGUUUGUCCACCUGCUUCUUCAAGUCUGAAUGAUUUUGUAAAACUGCUCCACAGGUAACUGUAAACACGUCUUUUUUCCUGGACAUGAGUGUGAUUUAACGGACCAAAACAUUUUUAUAUGACACUAAAGAUCUUUGAGUGUGUCACACUGAGAGUACGUUAACCUGUGGAGGACUAAGACGAGAGCUGAUUUACCACAUGAGUUGUGUCCUAGUUCAGGGUCUCGUCUUUCAGAGGAAGCAUCUGAAGACAAACUGUGUCUCAUUCCGGUUCAGCCUCUGAACUGGGUCACAGCUGCUGACUUCCUCUCAAACAUCCAGAUACUGAACCCUCUUGGUAAUUUUAACCCCAAAAACUGCAGUUUGAGAAUAAAUCACUCGGUCCAUUUACUACUUGUUCUGGAGCUUUUAACCAUAUAACAAGAGUUUUCUUGGUUGCCAUGGACUAGUUUGACAUCUCCAUUUCUCUCCAAUCUCUGGUUCCAUGAUAACUGAGGUAAUCCAAACCAGCUAAUAACCAAGCACUCCCAGUUCACCUCUGGAGCAGCUGCUGAGGUUCAGUGUCUUGUUGAACAUAUGCAUGGACUGGAAAUGUCUGGAAACAAAGAUGCAAUGUACAAAUUAUUGCCAGUAGAGAGAUGCAUCUGUAUUUAUAUCAUAGCACUUUGAUGUUGAAAAGCGGAAUUUAUUUUUAUCCAAAGUCUAAUGUUAAUAUGCAACAUGGUCUGUGUUUCCAGAUGAUUGAUGGUGUCUUCUAUUUUUCACAAACAGAGUCUGUCAGAGAAACUUGAGUCAGCUGUAAAUAAUCUCGACUGUGUCUCUACUGAAUGUUGAGGUAAAGGGCUCAACCAAACCACAGAGAAACAAACAUGGAGAGUGAGCUGUGUCUCAGUAUCCAUCACAAUCUGAUGUGACAUGAAGUUUUAUUAAAGACGAAGAUUUUCCUAAAUGUGACGUCUCAAAUGUUGGAGCUGUUUCAAGGAAAUGAUUCAAUAUAAUCUGAUAUAAUCUCUCAAAACCAGCGAAGAUGAUUUUCAUCACAAAGUAAAAGGGAAAACGGUUCAGCUGUAGUUUCACCUUCAGCGUGUUCCUGACGUCUGUGGUGACGGUUUCCUGCCAUCAGCUGUUGAAGGCUGUUGAUGUUCUGACCUUAUUCAUGCUUGACAGUUAAAUGUGGACUCAUGCUGUGAUGACGACAUCAUCUCUGUGUUGUGUCAUUCUGGUUUGCCUCAUGAAUUUCUACACAAACAAGGUUCAAAUAAAUAUUUUUGAUAUUAACACAA